GUCUUUCUAACUUUUCUAUAUAUAUUCUUCAUGCUUAAUUGGACACUCUUAAAAGGAAUUCAUUAUUGUUUGUAAAUUUGAGGUAGCAAGUUCAGUACACCAUGAGGAGACAUAUUCGGCCUAGGCGUAAGAUCGAAGUCUCACUACCCAUUGUUUCGAUCAUGUGCCACAGAGAACCACCAUCGUUUCCCCCUCUCUCCUGACAACUACUAGUAAGUGCCAAGUGGUAGCUGCGUCUGCCAGAGUCUUGCAGUUUUAUAGGAGUGGCAGAAGGACACGAUGGACGCACUGUGAACUCUAAAAAUGGUACUUGUCAGACCCCUGAACUCGCCUUUACUCCCACUGUAUCCCGACCAAUUCAACCUCCAGACACCAUCUAAGACACCUCACCACAUCUCCAACCUUGUCAUAGUAACAUCCCCAGUUUCAUGCAGCUUGAGGUUUCAAAAGUUCAAUUAUAACCCAAUUCAGAAAUGGAGUUCUAAACCUCUUUCGACAAAAAUUCAGACUUUUGUCAGCGUUUCGUUCGCUAAUAACGUCAUUAGGGAGUAUACUGAGGAUGGGUUCUUUGAUGAUGCAAUUGGGGUUUAUCUUAAAAUGCUUGAUGAUGGUGUCAAGGUCGAGGAGUUUCGGUAUUUUCCGUGUUUGAUUAAGGCGUUUGGUGGACUUUGUGAUGUAUACAAGGGCAGGCAGAUUCAUGGGCAUGUGUUGAAAUUAGGGGUUUUAGACGAUGUUUCGGUUGUGAAUUCGCUUUUGACCAUGUACUGGAAAUGUGGGGUGGUUGAGGACGCAGUUCAAAUGUUUGAGAAAAUGCCUGAGGUGGAUUUAGUUUCAUGGAAUACAAUGAUAUCUGGGUUUCAGAAAUCAAUGGACUACACUCGUUCACUGAUGUUUUUUAGGUCGAUGGUGUGGGAAUUUGGCAUAUAUCCAAAUCGAGUAGCCUGUGUUUCGUCUAUAUUAUCGUGUUCCUCUCUUCAGUCGUUAACUCAUGGGCGAGAGAUUCAUGGUGUUGUGGUAAAGAGCGGGUUGGAUGUUGAAGAAUAUUUGGUUAGUUCACUGAUUGAAAUGUACAUGAAAUGUGGAAGUAUUAAGAAUGCAGAAAACAUUUUUAAUAGCAUUCUUGAUAAAGAUUCAGUGAGACGGAAUGCAGUGAUAUGGAACGUGAUGAUUUCUGGUUAUGUUUCUAAUGGUUGUUUUUCCCAGGCACUGUUGUUGUUUAUAAAGAUGAUGGUGUGGGGAAUAAAACCAGAUUAUUCAACAAUGGUUUCUCUAUUUUCUCUCUGCUCUGAGUCACUGGAUAUAGCAUUUGGAAAGCAAAUCCAUGGCUUGAUUUUCAAAUUUGGACUCAAGAAUAAUAUAAGAGUUGAAACAGCCCUUUUGGACAUGUACUUAAAAUGUGGUGAUAUGGGAACGGGUUUAAAAAUAUUCAGAAGGUCUCAAAAUCAUAACCUCAUUAUGUGGAGUGCUGUCAUUUCUAAUUGUGCUCAGAGUGGUUGUCCAACCAAGGCAUUGGAAUUGUUCUAUGAAUUUAAAAUGGAAGAUGGCCUUGCAGAUUCUGGCAUACUUGUGGCAGUACUACGGGCAUGUUCCUCCUUGACUCUUAAGCCUGAAGGUAUGCAAAUUCAUGGAUUGGCAACAAAAAUGGGGUUUGUUUCUGAUGUUUUUGUUGGCAGUGCAUUAGUUGAUCUGUAUGCAAAGUGCAGAGAUAUGGGGUAUUCUAAAAAAGUUUUUCUUAGAUUAUCCCAAAAGGAUCUGGUUUCGUGGAAUGCUCUUAUAAGUGGGUAUGCUCAAGAUGAGUGUGCGGAUGAAGCUUUAAAGGCGUUCCGUGAUAUGCAAUUAGAAGAAAUUAGACCCAAUACUGUAACAAUUGCAUGCAUUCUUUCAGUUUGUGCUCACCUGUCUGUCAUGACCCUUUGUAAAGAGGUUCAUGGUUACCUUAUACGACAAGGGCUUGGGAGCACUGUUCUUGUAAGCAAUUCCCUAAUAGCUACCUAUGCCAAAUGUGGGGACAUAAAUAGUUCUUUGUAUACAUUUGAGAAAAUGCCUGAAAGAAAUGAUGUUUCAUGGAAUUCAAUUAUAUUGGGGAUGGGGAUGCAUAGCCGCACGGAUGAAAUGAUUGUUUUAUUUGAUAAAAUGGUAGCAUCAGGCAUCAAGCCUGACCAUGUGACAUUUACAGCUAUUCUUUCUGCAUGCAGCCAUGCAGGGAGGGUAGAUGAGGGCUGUAAAUAUUUUAAAAGCAUGGUUGAAGACUUCAAUCUCAAACCUCAACUUGAACAGUAUACUUGCAUGGUUGAUCUUCUUGGCCGAGCUGGCCAUCUAAACCAAGCAUAUGACCUGAUAAUGGCCAUGCCUUGUACACCAGAUGAUCGGAUAUGGGGAUCUUUGCUUGGAUCUUGCAAAAAUCAUGGUGAUGAAAUUUUGGCUGAAAUUGUAGCGAAUCACAUAUUCAAACUUGUUCCUUCUAGUGUUGGUUAUCGUGUCCUCCUUGCAAAUUUAUAUGAAAAUCUUGGGAAGGGAAGGGAAGGUUCUAAGGUUAGAUCAGAAAUAAAAGAUAUGGGACUUAAAAAGAAGCCAGGAUGUAGUUGGAUUGAAGUUGACAACAAUUUUCACAUAUUUAUUGCAGGUGAUCGGUCACAUUCUCAGUCAGAUGAGAUUUAUGCUGCUGUAGAAAGUUUGACAACAGAGAUCAAGAGAGCAGGAUAUAUUCCUCAGAUAUAUAGUUAUUGAUGAGCUUAAUAAUUCUGUUGAUGAGGGUCACUUUUCAAGCAAUGACACUGGGCUAUUUUUGGGUGAUGGUGAAAAGUGUAACCAAACUUUUAUUUUCAAUAAUAAUGACGUCUUGGUGCUCAGUCAAUAGCAUGGGUGGUAACUACUGUUUGCAUGGUUGGAAAUUGUGAUGAGAAUCAACAAUAUGGAUGGCAGUUUGGAAAGUAUCCCUGAUGCUCAUGUCAGUGCUGUUCACGUAUGUUACUGACUGCUUGGCUUUUCCUUGUUCCUCCAAUUUCUAGGACCGCAAGGCAGCUCAGCUUUGCAAGCAAAUAUCUGUAUGUGCUCCUUUUUGCUGCCAAAACACCAAGUGGGUGUUGGUGCUACUAUUGGAACAUAAUGCAAGUGCUGCUACAAUUUCAACCUGCUGUCCAUGUGCAUCUGACUGAGCUGAUAAGCAUAUGCUCUUGCAUAAUUGGGCAAUACGGCUGUGUUUAAAUGACAGCUUGGACAAGUUUGAGAAGAUACUAUACACAAGCUCUGACUUUGCACUGAUUGCAGUGAGUUCAUAAAUGAAUUCCACUUGUUUUGCUGCUUUCUUAUUUUGUUCUGAAUUGGAUUUUGUUGAACACUUAUGGCUUCAAGAGAUUCUACUGCCCUAAUGUCCCUA